UGUAAUGACUGCAAUCACUGUAACUGCUGCAUUUAAAGUUGCUAUAAUCCUCCUCGAGGUCCAAAGCACAUGUUCAGGUAUAUUUAAAGUUUUGGGUCCCAGUACCCCAGUCGUUGUCUCUUUGGGUGAGACGGCAGCUCUACCAUGUUAUCUCUCUCCAUCCACAAAUGCAGAAGACAUGAUGGUGAGAUGGUUCCGUUCUAAGUUCAGCUUUACUGUCCACCUCUAUCAGAACAGGAAGAACAUUGACCAACAAAUCCCAGAGUACCAAAACCGGACAUCCUUUAACACAAGUUUAAUUGCUGAUGGUAAAGUGUCCUUGUCAAUUCACAGUAUCACCCCUUCUGAUGAAGGUUCAUACACCUGUCUGUUUCAGUCCCUUUCUUAUUACGAUGCAGCUGACUUGGAGUUAAAAGUUUCAGCUCUUGGGUCUGAACCAACAAUCUUCAUUGAAGACCAUCAAGAUGGACAUCUUAGGGCAGUAUGUAGGUCUUAUGGGUGGUACCCAAAGCCUGUUAUCUACUGGAAAGAUGACAAUGAACACAUAAUACAUCCACUGACUGCAGCACAAUCCCAGAAUGUGCUGAGCUUGUUUGAUGUUGAGAUGAUUUUGCCACUAGACUCUAAAUCCAACAGGAGACUUUCCUGUAUUAUCAAACAUGCAUUCCUAGAGCAAGAACUGAAAUCUACCAUACAUUUAGCAGAUUCCUUGUUCCUGAGAGUGUCUCGCUGUGUAAUCUCCAGAAUAUUAAUGGGGACAAGUUUCAUACUUGUCAUCUUAGCAACCCUUGCACUGGCUUUUUACACAUGUUUUGUGCAGCAGAAAAAUAUUUUGAAACUUGUGAAAGAAAAGAAACAUUUUUUGCAAGAAAACAAAUCGCUAACAGCAAAUUUAGGAGAAGUAUCACAAGAAAAAGAAAACUUACUGGAGGAAAAAGAUUCCCUUUUGAAAAAUAUAGAAGACCUCUCUGCAGAGAUUGAGUGGAGAAAACGGUACAACUACAAAAUCCUAGUGAAACUGGAUCCAAGAACAGCUCACCCUUUGCUUGUAAUUACUGAUGAUUUUACACAUGUAAAACAUGGAGAAACUGAACAAGAGCUGCCUGAUUAUCCUGAAAGGUUUAGCACCAACCCAUGUGUGCUGGGAGCAGAAGGGUUCACUUCAGGCAAGCAUUAUUGGGAAGCAGAGGUGCUGCAAGGAGGUGGUUGGGAUAUAGGAGCUGCUAAAGGUUCAGUAAGAAAAAAGGGCUGGAUCAGAUUAUCCCCUAAAGAAGGAAUAUGGGCCAUGCGACUAGGCCAAGAUCAGUAUCAGGCUCUUACUGCUCCUUAUAGCACCCAUGUGCCCAUCCGUGACAGAGCAAGGAAGAUGGGAGUCUACCUGGACUAUGAAAAUGGCCAGCUAUCAUUUUUUAAUGUGGACACAAUGAAACAUAUUUUUACAUUUAAGGAUGCCUUCACAGAAAAAAUCUACCCAUUCUUUAAUGUCUGGUACGAAGGACUGGAAAUCAAGAUGUCGAAAGAUUUUGAAGAUGAAAGUUGA